AUGUCUCGCCGCGCUCAAGUUGAAGAGGUCUCCGACUCCGACCCCGAGGAGGUCGCUCCCUCCGACGACCCCGGCGACCACAUCAUCUCGCCGUCCAUCAUGCACCCUCCGCCGGAGAUGGCCUCGAGACCCCCGCCCCAGGCUCCGCAAGACGUUCCAAAGCACUUUCACGCCCUAUACGCAGUUUAUUUCGAUAAGACACGCUCGCGCGCUGAAGGGCGACAAGUGUCCAGCAAGUUGGCUGUGGAGAACCCGCUGGCGAGAGACAUUCUCGACGCCUGUCAACAACUAGGAUUGCGGGUUGGCUUUGAGCCCGAAAAGCUGCAUCCCAAGGACUGGGCGAAUCCCGGUCGAGUGCGUGUCCAGCUGAAAGAUGAAGAUGGCGACUUGCUAAAUGAGCGAGUAAAGAACAAGCAUCACCUCCAAAUUCUCGUUGCGAAAUUCUUACAAGCCCAUCCAACCACGGAGAAAUCACCGUAUAGACUUCGAAUCCAUGGUCUCCCGAUGCCCGAUAAAUUGCCCGGUGCACCAGCAGCCCCGAAAGGCUGGAAAAUCGGAAAGAUUCUGCCCAUUCACUCGCCUGCCUAUUCAGGAGGUGGUGUCAGCGAUAACCCGUUCAAGGAAGCCAUGGCAGAGAUGGAGAAGAUGGGUGGCAUGCCGGGAAUGCCUGGGAUGCCUGCUGGUCUUCCGGGCAUGCCUCCCGGUAUGAUGGGAAUGGGAGAGCCGUCUGGGGGAGGCGAAGCAAAGAAGAAAAAAGAAAAGAAAAAGGGCAAAGCUUGA